AUGGACGGCGCCGUAGCCGCGAGCCCCGAGAAGCCAACGCGGACCCGGUCCAUGUCCUCGGACGAGACGACCGGCGCGUCGGAGGAAGACUUCUAUGACGCCCAUGACGAGGAAGGGCAGUCGCCGAGGCGAUCGGUCGUCGUGCCAUGCCCACCGAGCAAGCCAGAGCUGCCGCCGAUUCCCGAGCAGCUACAGGAGAGUGUGGUCCGGCCAGAGGAGCCGCUGCCACCCGCCACGAGCGACGCCGUCGACGUCUUUGUCGUGCGCAACAAGGACACGGGCGAAGUCUACGACAUCCGCGAGCUCGAGGCCCAUCCCGUCGACUGCUACACGAUGUUUCCGCAGAACUUCGAGCCGCCCGCCGCUGACGACGAGUCCGAGCCACACAUACACGAAGAGAAGUCUAAGACGUCCAUCAAGGCACGGCUGCGCAUGACCUUCAAGAAAAAGGACAAGCAGUCCAAGGCCAAGGCAAAGCCGAUGGCCGGCGCCGUCCACGUCGGGUCGUCGACCAAGGACAAGCGCGAGUUCAGUGCACUCACUGUCGCUCAGACCAUCACGUGCCACCAUGGCACGAUCUGGACCAUGAAGUUUAGCCAUGAUGGCGCGCGGCUCGUGACCGGCGGCCAAGAUGCGAUUCUCCGCGUCUGGAAGGUGCACGCGCUGGGCGGCGCCGACGCAGAGACGUCGCCGCGACCGCUCUUCGUCGAGACGCCCGAGCAGUCGUACCAGGGCCAUUCGAUGCCGAUUGUCGACGUCUCGUGGAGCCGCAGCAACUUUAUCUUGUCGGCGUCCAUGGACAAGACGGUGCGGCUCUGGCACAUCUCCAAGGAAGAGUGUUUGCACGUCUUCCAGCACCCCGACAGCGUCCCUGCCGUCGACUUUCAUCCGAAAGACGACCGGUUCUUUCUCUCGGGCUGCUUUGACAACAAGGCGCGCAUCUGGAACAUCCCCGACGGCUGCGUCGUCUCGUAUGUGCAGACGCCCGUCAUGAUCACGGCGGCGACGUUCCAUCCGUCCGGGUCGCGCGUCAUUGUCGGUCUCCUGCACGGCCAAUGCAUCUUGUACCAAGUCAACAACCACCAAGCGAUGAACUACUACACGCAGAUCGACUGCCGCAACGCACGUGGUGCGACGCGAAAAGGGCGCAAGGUCACCGGCAUCGAGUUUACGCCCGAAGGCAAGUUCUUCCUCGUCACGACCAACGACUCUCGCAUGCGGCUCUUCUCGGUCGACAACUAUGCUCGCGUGUGCAAGUACAAGGGUCUUCGCAACGAGUACCUCCAGAUCAAAGGCCGCUUCAGUCAAGACGGCGACUACGUCAUUUGCGGCUCCGAGACCGGCAACGUGUACAUUUGGCACAAGGCCAAUGCGAGUGCGCACGGCGCGGGUCUCCUCGGCGGCAAGCAAGACCGCAACCAGUCCUUCGAGUACUUUACCGCGGUCGAGGGGGCCAGUGGCGUCGUGACCGUCGCGCUCUUCGCCCCGGCAAGUACGUUUGCCUUGGCGCCGCUGCCGACGACGGACCACGACAAUGUCCAUGUCCAAGCCUGCACGGGGUACAUGGUCACCGCCACGUACGACGGCGCGAUCAAGGUCUUUACGCGGCUCUCGGACGCGUCGUAG